AUGUCAGUGUUAUUUGAAUAUUUUAUAUACUUUUGUAUUUUUUUAAUAUAUAUAUUUUAAAUUAGCUUGUAUUUUUAUACUUUCAGAUUUCGUUUAAUUCUCAGUUUAUAUUUUAGUAGUUUUGUUAUGUGCUCAUUUUGAUUUGUUUUAUUUUUGUUGUUGUAAUUUUUAUUAGUUUUUUUUUUAAAUCUAUUUUGCUUUGAUCUUUAUUUUAGUUUUACUCCUUUUAGUACUUCAACCUAAACUUAUUUUAUUCCAGUUGGUUGUCAACAUUUCUAAUUAGUAAUUUUAUGUACUUUUGUAAUUUUCUUUAGAUAUUUGUUUUUAUUAUUUUUUAUUUUUCUAUUUAGCUUAAAUUUAGUUUUAUUUCAGUUUCAGUAAUGUUAACUUUAACCUAAACUUUUCUAAUUAAUUCCAAAAUAUUUAAAUUUUCAUUUCAUUUAUAUUUGUUUUAAUAUUUCUAUCUAGCUUUAAAGGUGCCAUCUGUAAUGUUUGGCAAAAAAAAAUCAAGUCAUACUCCACAUUCCAUACCAGAUGGGGGCAGUAUGCCUCAAUAAAGUGAAUUGGUCUACUCUAGAGUAACAAACGAGAAACGGCAUAGUCUCUAUGCUCCGCCCCUACUUUCACAACAAAACUACAGCCAUAGCCGAAGCCUGACUGUGCGUUCACAACGCCGGUGUCUAGAGCUUCAAAAAUCGCUCUUGCCGCUCUGCUCACGACGCUGCAGAAAGAUUUGUGAGCGCUCAGACGCUCUGACAUAGAUCGUAUGCUUAUUUUGUAUUUAAAGCGGCCACAAAGCAAACAAGCUUGUUGAUCUCGUACAGACUAACCACAAGGAGUUAUAAGUUAACCUCAUUAAAUAUUGUUGUGGACGAAAUAUUACGAUCCUUUACUUAAAAUGAACAAUCUCAGACACCUUGGUCCACGUAUCACUUUUAAUUUAUUUUUUAUGUCCUUGUACGCAAACAGGGACACAUCAAACGCUAAACAGCAGUAAUCAACCUGUCCUUUAUUCUGCUUGGGAGCUAAUGUGCCAACCCUCAAGCAUUCACCGUGAGUCACACACAAUUGACUCUUUUCACAUGCUUUCACGCCACACAUCAAUUUUUUCACGCACAGAAAAACCACGAAGCAAACAGGACAAGGAGACCAACAGACUAGACAGAGCAGGUUAGUUAUGAAAUGAAACAAACGGGUAAGUUACAGCUAGCUAAUUAUCAAAUGCAGCUACGGUUAGCCAUCGCUAACAUUAGCACGUUUAUCGAACAGCCUUCAAUACAUUUCUAUGCUAUAACUUCCCGAAAACAAAUACACAAACAUAUAAAACAAACUUCUAGCGACAUACUAACAGCAUUUAACUUACCAAUCCAAAAGAAAUGUUGCAAGUUCAGAGUCGAACCUCAUUUCUUUCAUGUCCAUCAGUUGUCUCCAGCGAUUAAAAGCAGUGCCGAUGUUUACUCUGGUAUUCUUAUCGGAUUUGAUUUGUGAUUCCGAGCGCGGUUGUUUCCCUGUAGCGGGUUGGUCUCUUGCCAAGGGCUUCAGCUAUCCUUCCGCUCUUUUCCCUGAACUGAAAGUAGUGGGCUGUACUUUCCACACGAUUGACAUCAGGUUCAAGUACACGCCCACAAGACGUGCGAGUUAUUCGUGUAUUGCAGGUUGGCUGGUGGUUAUGUUGCCCGCAUACCGCCUCCCAUGGCCGAAACUGGUAUUACGACACCUGUCGGGCCGGGGCUAGUAAUGCUAAUGCUAAUUAAGGUUGAUAUCUCUGCAACACUAUAGCUUGACAUUUUUUUUAUGACAUCAUCGCCCUUAUUUCUUCUCAUUCUUUUGAUGCGUGUAGGUCAUGUUAUGGAUAUUUUUACCUCAAUUUUUGCAUAUGGCACCUUUAAUUUAUUUUUGUUUUCGUAAUUUAAGAACUUCAACCUAAACUUAAAAUGUAUUCUAAUUUUAGCUUUUUUUUCAACUAAUAUUUCUUUUUUUCUUUCUUUUUUUUAAGCCUCAUUUGAAUCAACAAAAUAAUUUUUAAUAGUUUUAGUUAACAAUUUAGUUAACAACACACAUUCGCUUGUUGCUCAGGAUUUUUUUUUUAUUUUUUUUAUCUUGCUCCAUAAUUAAUAAACUCAUAUAUAUUCUCUUGUGUUCAUUUAUAUGCUUAAUGUCAUGUUUCCCUUAUUUUCCUGUUUGAGUGAAUGCAUGCCAAAAAUCAGCUGUGCAUCAUGUUUCUCUCUCAUUCACACAGGCUUAUCAUGUUUGGAUGGAGUAAAUAGCCUUCUAUAGUCUCUCUGAAUUUGUAGCUCCUCCCAAAUCUCGUGAGACAUUAACAUGGAGCAGGUGGAGUCUGUAAGGUCAGGAAGCAGCGGCACCAGCACUCGAAGGAAGAGGAGAAAUCACAAACAGCGGCCGGAGUCCAUCAUCGUCUACCGCUCGGAUCCAGAGAGAGCCGCUGGUGAAGAAGACCAUGGAGGCGAUAGCGAGGGUGGAGAGAGGAACUCUGAACAGGGAGCUAAGUUUCUGAACAACCCCAGCAGUGAAGGUCGGGUCGUGCCUCCAGACAGCCGCUACGUGACGCUCACGGGGACCAUCACGCGCGGAAAGAAGAAAGGUCAGAUGGUGGACAUCCACGUCACGCUCACCGAGAGAGAGCUGCAGGAGAUGGCCAGGUCGAAGGAGCGUCUGGAUGCCGAAUGCGACGCUCGCGAGGGAUCGAGACGCUCGUGUGGAUUCGGGAUUUCUCAGGGUCCCCACGUCGUCCUGUGGAGCCUCUCCUGCGCUCCCUUCGUCUUCCUCCUGUCCUUCAUCACCUCGUUUUACUACGGUACUCUCACCUGGUACAAUAUAUUCCUGGUGUACAACGAGGAGCGGACGUUCUGCCAUAAGAUCACGGUGUGCCCGUUCCUCAUCGUCUUCUACCCCGGGCUCAUCGUGGCUCUGUCGCUGUCGCUGGGCUUGUAUUCGGCCGUGGUGCAGGUGUCCUGGGGCUUCAGCGAGUGGUGGCUGUCGGUCAGGGAUCUGGAGAAGGGUUUCUGUGGAUGGGUUUGUGGGAAGCUGGGACUGGAGGACUGUUCUCCGUACAGCGUAGUCGAGCUGCUGGACUCGGACACCCUUUCUGGGAGUCCGCGGGGAAAGUCACUGGAGACGUCCUCGGUGUGAAUAUAGAAAUCAUCCGAGACUUCCUCCACUUGUUACAUAGCCCUGCAUCUUCUGCCAAAUCGGCAAAAAUGCCUGGUAUUAGCUGAUUUGAUGGUGCUGAGAUAAAAAAAAAAAAAAAUUCUGCAUUUUGUGUGUAUCAGGUUUUAAUGCACUAAUUAAAAUGAUCAAAGCUGAUUCUGAGGAAUGUAGCAAUGCACCAAUGGAUGCGCUGCAGUGAAUGGGUGCCGUCAGAACGAGAGUCCAAACAGCUGAUUAAAAAAUCACAAUAAUCCACAGCACUCCAGUCUAUCGGUUAACAUCUGGAGAAGACAAAAGCUGAAACAAAUCCAGCAUUAAGACACUUUUAACUUUAAACCGUCGCUUUAAACCCUAAUCCAUAAUAACACUUCCUCUCCUGUCGUCUCUCACCUCAAAAUCAACUCACGUAUUUGUUUAGAGCUGUUUUGGCUUGUAAAUGCUGCUUGAUCUGCAGCUUCUCACUUCUCCUGAUGUUUCCUGAUGGACUGCUGUGGAUUAUUGUGAUGUUUUUAUCAGCUGUUUGGACUCUCAAUCUGACGGCACCCAUUCACUGCAGAGCAUCCUUUGUUAAGAAAUGUUACAUUGUCCCUUCAAAUACUCUAUUUAAUGUCAAAGAACUUUUCAAAAUCUGUAAUUUUCUGCUUUUUAAACUUUAAACUCACAGAUUUAGCAGGAAAUAGCGUUUGACCGAUAUUGUAUUUUUUUUGUUGUUGUUGUUUUUUUUUUUUUUUAUGCCGAUAUCUUGGAAAUCAGGGGGUGGGGGUAGCUGAUAUAAAGCCGAUAUAAUUUUGUACAAUUAUUAUUAAUAUUUAUGAAAUUUCAAAUCAUUUGACAGUGGAUUAAAAAGAACAUGUGUAAAAGAAACAUACUUAUACUUUACAAUAACAAUAUUUUUCACAAAUAGAUAAAUAUUACAAAUAUAAUUAAAAAGGAAGUAAACACCGUAACCAACAGGGCACUCAGUAUUCUGUGAAGUUUGUAAAAGAAAAAUAAAGCAAUGGUAACCCUCAUUUCACAUACAGCAAACAGUGAAAAUGACAUGAAUAUGACAGUGGGUAAAUGGAUAAAGCACUGCAUAAUUUGAAAUCAAGAGGUUUUUUUUUUUUUUUAAGCAUUGAAUUCACACGGACCGACUGUCAAACGUUAUAAUGCUUUCUGUAUACAUUAAUUCCUUUGUUUAACGGUUCUAUCGGAUUAUUAGACAGACUUCUAUCCACAUUAGACAGAAAUGAUUAAGAAGACGACGAACAAGAGAGAGAGUGAGCACUGUGUGCGCGCCGUCAAAAUAAAAGUCCCGCCUUGAACACAUCGGUCAAGUAGAAAAACUUAUCGCCCAAUGCCGAUGUUUGAAAAAUGCCAAAUGUCGGCCGAUAUAUCGGUCGACCACUAGCAGGAAACAUCUCAAUCUUGUUUGGAUUUUCUUCUCUCUCUGGCUCUGAUUCUCGCCUUGAAAUCAGGAUUAGAUUUAUAACGAUGUGUGAAAAUGACUUGAGAAUUGAACAAAUAGUUGUAAUUUGGCUCAGAGGAAGAUGGUAAUUAAGGGAGAACAUGAGGCUUCUACACCUUACAAAUAUUUGUCAAAAGCAAAAAUGCUACAAAUCCAUCAGAUUCAUUCAGCAGAUAUGUUAUUGGUCCUGUUUUCUCACUAUAUUUGUUUGAGUAUAUAAAUUUUAGAUCCUGGGCCCAGCUUUUAUUUUUUGUUACUUAUUGAGUCUCUUUUUCACCAGUAAAAAUGUUUUUUUUAACAGCAUUUGUAUGUCAGACAUUGGAAUAUUUACAUACGUUUAAAAUAUUGUUAUGCAUGUAUUUUAACAGUGUGCAUGUUUUAUUUUUAUCAAAAAAGUUUUUCUGUAAAGUAGAUGGGUUAAGGAAAGAGCUUGGGAGUAAAGUCUUUUUAUAACUUCUGUAAAAUUAAGCCAUAUAUAAAUAUAUGCAAAUAAACUGAGAUUCAUUGUGAGGUUGUGAGAAGCCCUGCAUAUUCUCUGAGUAGUUUUACAGUUUUACAAAGGGACAUAUGAUGUUCGUGUGUGGUGUCUGACAAUGAUCCCAAAUAUUAUUUUCAUAAGCAGUGCAAAGAACAUUUUAAAUCAUUGCAUAUCAUAUGCAUUAUAAGAAAUCUAUGUUACAUUUUCAGAAGUGUUUGGAUUUUUUUCUGUGUUUCUGUUUUAUUUAAUCGUUUAAAUCACAUUUUUAUUUUGCAGUGAUGCUCAAAAGAGACAAUAAAAUUAAUAUUUCUGUAUUAA